GCUCCUCUCGGCUGUCUCUCUCGGUCCGUUGGUCCAUCCCGGUUCCCAUUGUCUCCCCUCUCUCCACUCCUUGAAGACAACCCGGAGACGACUAACUAAACUUAGCCCUUAUUUCCGCUCGCAUCGCCUUCUGUACGUCUGGAGACUUUUACCUCGACCUGAAAUCUCACCCUUGUCCCUCUCCAUCCGAAACGUGGACACGCUUUUUUUUUGUGUGUGUGUGUGUGUCUGUGUUUUAAUUUAAAUUUAAAAAAAAAACAAAAAACGUUACACAGAGAAGAGGCGGUGAAUGAACCGAGCAACGGCUGACAAACCGGCGGUUGUGUUGUGGAGCUGACUGUCGGUUGGGGAAGAGAUGAACCGGAGGAGGAGGACUUCUUCUUAUUAGCCAACGGAGACACCGAAACCAGCUUCCAGUGGCUGUUGACAUAUCACAACAUCCUAGCAACAAUUUCUGUACUCGCCGUGUUUUUUUUUCCGAGUGGAUAAAAAAAAAAAAACACCCAAAUUCAGGCAGAGCAGCUGGAUUUAACAACCUCGGGGUUUUUUUUUUGGAGGUAAAAUUCUUUGUUUUUUGGUGUGAAUGAACCUUGAAGGAUGUUGCCGCUACAUGCCCGGUACUUCCCCUGAGAGGAGGAGGAGAGAGAGAGAGAGAGGAGCUCGUCUAUGAAAAAAAAGGAGGCAGGGACCACUUGCACUUGUUUUCUCCACCCUUAAAAAAAAAACAAAUUUAGUUAGCGUUUACUCGGGAUUAUUAAACAGCAACAAAAAAAAAGGAGCAUUUAAUCCGGGUUGGAAAACAUCCAUCUUAAUCUCCUCAUCCCUCCCUUUGCUCUUAUAGUCUUUGAGUGUGUGUAAGUGGCUUCCUGUACCGAGUUCAUUCAGUGUGUUCACCGUUGAUAAGGAUGCGAUCAAUGGACGUGGUUGACCGGACUUUAUAGUCCAGCAGGUGAGGACUGGACACAAUCAGGACCCCCGUGUGGACGUAACUGGAGAGCCUGGUUAAUUUGUGUCAAGAGAUCCCACAUGAUCAGAAUAUCUGAAUUCAUUCUGUGACCAAUCAAUCAAAAUGCACCACACCUCCUGAUUCCUCAGACUUGCUAAAGCCGCUUUCAGUUGCAGAGUCUUGGGAAGGAGUUUUAUCUACAGGACCGAGCUCUGUGAACAAGCCCUCGAGAACAAUUUUGUGGACUUGAAUCAUCCAGCGAGGCCCACCUUAACAUCUUUGAUCCCUGACCCCCUGUGUGUGCUGGAAAUCCAAGGGGCCACACUUCCCUGGCUGUUCAGCUGUCAGCAACCCCAUCCAUUUGAAUGAAGUAGUAGCCUUUUAUUCCCCCAAGCUCCUGCGAGGGGGGGCUGCGCUCUGUUCUGCGAGGCCGAGCAGGGAGCACCGCUACCUGGGCUGCCAGCCAGCCAGACGGCCCUCAAGGGGGGAGGAGUGCGAGGGGGGGAGGAUUUGGAGUUUGAAGGUCCAGCUGGAGAUUUGGGAGUUUUACCCAGAGUUUCUUGUCCACGUGGAUCACUGGAGAGAGGGGAGGAAGACACCAUGGGGUGCUGUAGUGGCAGGUGCACCUUGGCCUUCAUCUGUGGCAUGCAGCUGGUCAGUGUGUUGGAGCGUCAGGUGAUAGAUUUUCUGGGCUACCAGUGGGCUCCCAUCCUGACCAACUUCCUCCACAUCAUCGUCGUCAUCCUGGGCCUUUUUGGCACGAUUCAGUUCAGGCCGAGAUAUGUCACCGGGUACGCAGCCUGGCUGGUCGUGUGGAUGACCUGGAAUGUUUUCAUCAUCUGUUUUUACCUGGAGGUUGGAGAUCUGUCCAGAGACUCUGACCUUGUCCUGACGUUCAACCUGUCCAUGCAUCGCUCCUGGUGGAUGGAGAACGGCCCAGGGUGCAGGGUGACACCCAUCACCCCUCCUCCCUCCUGGGCACCUGAGGACCACCGAUAUAUAUCUAUAUCUGGCUGUCUGAUGGAUUUUCAGUUCAUAGAGGUGGCUCACUCCUCGCUGCAGAUACUCCUGGCUUUGAUGGGGUUUAUCUACGCCUGCUAUGUGGUCAAGCUCAUUUCAGAAGAAGAGGAUAGCUUUGAUUUUAUAGGAGGGUUUGACUCGUACGGUUACCAGGGGCCUCAGAAGACCUCCCACCUUCAACUACAGCCCAUGUACAUGUCAAAGUAAACCCAGGAAUGCUGCCUUACCAAUCACCAUUGCUUAAUAUCCUGCUUUUACUACUCCAACUGUCUUUUAUUAAACAGCAACCAAGACACAGACAAGAUACAGAGGACACUAAGAUAUUCUGUGUUUCAACCUACAAAUCCCCCCCCAGUACUUGGUCAGAUUGUUUCCCCGGUCUGCCUGUAUGUUGUAUUUAAUGAUGAAACACUGGUCUCGUGUGGUAGAACACUGUAACUGCAGGACAUUUGUGCCACACCAUUACAAGUAGAUUCUGGUAACAGCUGCAUUUCUUUGUCUCUGAGGGACGCAACCGGGAGCCAAUGACUUGCAUCCUCUUGUGCUGUUGGGUAUCCGCAUUGUGAAAGAAACCAAAGAGGCCACGACUCAUUGGUGAACUACUGGCGCAUUUCUUCAGGCUUCCAGGGAGAACUUGUGAAGUUCUGCUAUCAGAGAUGUUUAAUAUGGAGCCCUGUUUCUUCAAGCUACUGUAGAAAUCAGGUGCCGUCUCAAGUGUCAUGGUAUCUAAAAGCUCUCAAGUGCAGAUAUGCCUGACCAAAGAGUUAAAAAAAAACCCAGAGACACAUUCUCAUGUACACAAAAGAGCCCAUUUAACCGUCACUGGAACUUUUUGCUUUUUGUGCCUAACAGAUUAGACACCGGACUUCCAACCAAGUAUCUACUAACAAGACUACCGAUGUAGGAAUGUCAUACAUCUUCUUUUUAGAUUACUUUUUGGUGCAUUUAGGUUCUUGUUGCAAAAAGCGACAAAGCAAAGAUGGAAGUCAGGGGCUGGACUCAAGCAUGAGUACAAGCUACACAAUUUAUUCUGUUGUUUCAUCAAAUACGUUGAAUGUUAAAUAACAGUGUGAUGUGUAGAUUUGCAUAUACUUUCAUUUCACAUGUGCAUGUGUACAGGAAACAGACACAUUCACACACAGGCAUUAUGUAAUGCAUAUCUGAAUUCACACACACACACACACAUACACACACACACAUUACAGAUGUAAUACCAUUUAACUUUUUUACUACUAAUGUGAAUCUUAAUGUUUACAAUAGAAAUUCAGUCUGCCGGACAGAAUGGCCGAACACCUGACAGACAGAUGCAACAGGUAGAUUGACAGGAGACCCUUUAGCUGCAGCAUCUCAACUGCUGUGGGAUGUUUUCUGCCAUAUUAAUAUAGAUGGGAUAGUUUUUCCGGAUGUGUCUUUUGGUCUCCUCCUGUCUAAAUAUUUUGUCUUCCAUCCAAGACAGACCAGUAGAGGUAGAUAGAGACAGAGCAUGACAAAGACUACCACUGAAGAGGGAUGGAGGUCAGUCAACAGUUUCCCUUCCACCUCAGUCCUUUUGUAGCUCUCAAAGCCAAGCUUCUGUUGUCACUCGCCCGUCCCAUUCAGCAGGAAGGUUGUUUCCCUUUUUCUUAAUUAUAAAUAAAAAAGCUGGAAGCCAGAUCAGACCAAACUGCAGCAUCCAACUCUUCCCAAUAGAUCAAGAGCAGCCAAAAUCUUCCACAGGGGACGCUCACGUAAAGAGAAAAGAUAUACCCUUUACAGAAAUGACAAUCACAGUCAGAGUGGCCUGAAUCACAUCAUUAUUGAUUGUUUUAAUUGGUAUAUUGCAUUCCUAAACCGCUCGUGGAUGACAACUAUUGGUGAAAGAAAGGGAUAUGAAAAGACAGAGGCUGAAUCUUCGAUGACACUGUACAUGUUCGCCCUCACCUGCAGGCUAACAAGGAUAAACAUUAUACGAGAGAGAUGCCAGAGACAGAGCAGCCUCCACUCCCACCCCCACCCCUUCACCUCAAUACUCGAAUUUUAAUGUUGAAAGUGCCAACAAUAUCACCACAUGGAUAUCUGUAGAGCCUGGUUUCUGAAAGCCACAGACUGGGACCAAAAAUAAUGGGUCUCAGGUCCACUUGUCUUUGGUUCACGUGUAGGAAAAAAUAGCAUAGUAUAUUACAAAUUAAAAAAAAACUAACAUCUGCAUCCCAGGCGGCCGGCAGGUUUUCUCUUUUAUUCUGCUUAGAAAAAUCAACCGAUUCCUUCUGGAAAUGUGACUAAACAUGUUGCAUUUGUGUUGCAAUCACUGGACCAAAUGUUUGAGGCCUUCUCUGUCGACCAAGGAACAUUUCUAGGUGCAAACACUGGCUUCUCUUGACAUAAGGAUGGACUAACAGACUAUUCCCUCACUAAAAACUGAUCUCAAAGUCCACCUUCCUCCCCCCAUCUGCCAGUUAUCUUCAGCAGUUCAUGUUUUGUAACAAAACUCUGUGGGUUACGUUCAGAGUCGCUGCCCCGUGAGGCUCCACUGACAGUCACUCUGGAGGACAGAAACAACAUUUUGUGUGUUUGCAUGAGUUGUUUCCAAACUGUUGCGUAUUUAAUCUCAUGCUGCGUGUGACUAACUAGCUACUUAAAAUGGGAACUGUUUGGUUUGUUGAAUGCUCCUCAACUCUCUUCAAAGAGUCCUAAAUGUGAACUUUGUGAUUUUUCUAUAAAUAACACAGUCUGAAAUGUCUACAGAGUAAAGGAGAAAAAUAGCUACUACAAUGUAAAACGAUGAAAUGUAACUUUGAACUUCUAGACGUUUUUUAAUCACAUGUGGCCGUGUUUACUGUUUUUUCUAGUUGACUACUAAUGUAUGAUGUUGUGUACAAGUGGGACUACUAUGUUUUAUUUCUUCUAAUUGUACAGCAUAUUUGAAAUGAGAGAAUAAGAGGAGAAUGGGAGGAAUAGUUGCACUAUAAUCUGUAAUCCUUUCAUUAAGCAUUCUGUCAGGGCUGAAAUUUCACUUUCACUUCAGCACAUAAUUAACGUUACAGUAUUCAUUUAUGUUUGAAUUAUCAACCAACACCACGCAUUCCUUUUUAAUAAAUAAAAUGACUGCUGAUAAAGUGCACAGCUAAUACUGUGAAAAGGGUCACGUAAUCCAUUAUUUAGAAGCUUAAUUGAAAAAGAUAGUUGGUCAUGCCAUUAGCUAAUUACACUAUUUGAACUGAAAGUGAAUAUAUUUAUCUUUAAUGGAGUUGAUCAGUUCAAUAAUACCUGAUGAACCUAACCACCAAUCCGGCAGAUAUAACAACAGACUGAAGCAAUUAUUCACUAAAUCAGAAAGGAUUUCAGAUAUAUAAUGUGACUCAAGUGUGUGUGUGUGUGUGUGUGUGUGUGUGUGUGUGUGUGUGUGUGUGUGUGUGUGUGCACGCACGUGUGUGUUAGACUUUGUACUGCAGUACAUUGUACUUUUCUGCGUCAUGGUGAACUGAACGACACUUAACCCAGAAUCUGCAAAGCCACAACUUCAACACAAACUAAACUGGUGGAAAUUGAAGAACUCGUCAGAGAUUUUUAACAAACAGCAAUAACAACAGUAAUAAUGUAUUUUAAAGUAAUAAUAAAAACAUAAUCUACAUAGUUCUUGAUUUAUCUUAACAGUCGCCUGAUCACAUUUUGACUUUGGAACAGUCAAUAGAGCCUUUGUCUGUAGAUCAUCUGUACAGAGAGAGUUAAACAUGUAUAGAUGCCAAGACAUUCAUUUUGUUGAAUGGUGUCAAUAAACAUUGAGUCAAACCAUUGUCUCUUAAUCUGUCUUAAAAUACAACUACUCAUUUCUGAGUUUUACAGUUGUGAUAAGACUGUACAGUCAUAGUUAUUACUAUAAUAUGGUGCUCAGUAAAUGUAAUAAUAGUGAAAGACAUAUACCCUGUGUUUGGCCAAAUUGUCACUAAAUGCAAAAGAAAUGUUGCAUUUGAUGAGCAAAAGGCUUGAAAACUUGAUUUAAAAUUGUAAUUGUUUCUCUACAAUUUUAAAUAUGUAUGACUAAGUAACAAUCAGUUAAAGUUAUAUUUAUUUCUCGACAGUGGCCUGAAAAUAUAAGCAAACAACCCAAUUUUCAUUACAUUUUGAUUCAAAUAUUGCUACAUCCUGACAUGACAUCGCUUCUUGCCAUCUGAGCCAAAUCCAUUCAACACAGUAAGAGCAACACAGACAGAAAUAUCUGAAUUGGAAUAACUAUAAUAAUGUGCUUGUACAAUUAGUUUAAUAAAGAAACAGAUUGCUAAAGGACAAAAAUUACUAUGUCGAUAAUUAUAUUACACAAUGAAGGAACAUCAUGCAAAAGAAAACGGAGGGACCCAGGAUAGAACCCUGGGGUACUCCACAGCUCAGCUCUGUGUUUAUUUGUACUGUUAGCAGAAAACAACUGCUUACUUAAGAAAAUAAACAAAACUAUCAUUAGUUCCUACAAAAUGUCCAAUGCUCUAAACUUUAUUUCCUUUAAAUUAACCUUAUAUUAAAUGUUCAAUUACAAUAAAUUAAUGUGAAUUGGGCCGUCGCAGCAGAGACUGUUAUGUUAGAGGAGUAUUUAGAGAAUGUAGUAACACAUAAUACAUUACUCACUGUCAGUACGCAGGAACAUACUGCCGGUGAAAACAGUAAUGUCCAAACUCUCUCUGUGGCUCUGGGUUAAUUUGUUAAUGUUCACCACUGACUAGGACCAUCUAUGUUGUUUUAACUCCUUCUCUUUUCAUGAUGGUUUUCCCACAGGUGAUCGACUGUACAUAAACUAGACAGUUGGGAAUAAAGUAGACAGUGGAGAAGGAAAGUC